UAGACUAUACCACCAGUUUUCAUUAUAUCUUCAAAGAAGUUCCAUCGAUUUCAGUUUAGCAUUCAUAAUGUCAGGAAGAGGAAAGGGAGGCAAGGGGUUGGGCAAGGGAGGAGCAAAGCGUCACCGUAAGGUCCUCCGUGAUAAUAUCCAGGGAAUUACGAAGCCGGCUAUUCGGCGUUUGGCUCGUAGGGGAGGCGUCAAGCGCAUCAGCGGCUUGAUCUACGAAGAAACCCGUGGUGUUCUCAAGAUCUUCUUGGAGAACGUGAUUCGUGACGCUGUCACCUACACCGAGCACGCCAGGAGAAAGACUGUGACUGCUAUGGAUGUGGUUUAUGCGCUCAAGAGGCAGGGCAGGACUUUGUAUGGAUUCGGUGGUUAAAUGUGAUUUAGGGUUUAGGUUUUAGAAUGGUGGUGUCUUAGGGGGGAUUUGAAGUCUUGCUGUCAAGAAUGUUUGAGCUUUGGGUUAGGGGUUGUAAUUAGGGGGUGUUUACCCGUUUGUUUGUUUUGUGGGUUGUGUAAUUCGUGCUUCGAAUUGCAGAUUUCAAUGAAAUUUUAACUUCAUUUUGUUAA